AGUUAAUUUCUGACAUCACAUUAUAUUCAUUGAUUAUUCUUGUGCAUUUUCGUCUGGGAUUCAGUUAUUUGGAAAAAAUGAUCCUAGUUCUUCAUUGGUUCCGGAUCGGUUCAUAUUUCCGCCCGGACGGUUUAGGGCGGCAGAUGGAGACACCAUGGCAGCUGCCGAUGCGCGCGACGGAGCGGAGCUCCAAUCCGGCGAGGAAGUCACGGGACUGCACGCGCUGAAAGCCUUCCUGGCCUCGGUGGCGUCGGCCGGUGUCAUCGUCGGAUUCGGGUCCACGUUGGCGCUCGCCAAGAAGAAGAGUCCGGACUGGUUUAAUAAGGGCGUGGUGUCCUCGGCGGCGGCCCCUCAGAGCGGAGCGUCCCUGGCCCUGCGGGCACUGGGCUGGGGGUCCCUGCUGGCCUGGACCGGAGUCGGCCUGCUGAGCUUCUCCGUGGUGAAGAUCCUCGGAGUCCACAGCCUCACGGAGUUCCGACUGAAAAUGCAGUCCUUCUUCCCAUCGAUCCCAAAGAGCACCGGCGGCGAGUCUGGACCGCCGGACUGGGACGCCAUCUUGGAGUCGAAGCCCCGCGACUCGCCGAGAGACUGAAGGACUGUGGUGGACAGAGCGGAGACGGCGCUCUGAGGACGGGGACGUUUGAUCUGCCGGUCCUGUGAAUGUCCAGAACACGGAGACUGUGGGACAGUUCCGCCGUGGAAGCAGAAGGUUUCAGGACUUCAGGAUCUGUUAGCAUCUUUCUGGCUGCGUUAGCCACUGGCAUGAUGUGGUGAUGAAGUCUGAAAAUAAAACCAAGAGCA